AUCUCCACGGACUCUCGGGCGCAUGCUCAGGGCUGGAUAGCAGGGAACUGGGGGCGUGACUAGACGGUGAGGCGGUGGGAUCAGCUGACUCCGUAGCGGUGGACCAAGGAACGGUCGCUUCGGCGGAAAGGAGGAGGACGACCACCCAGCCUCCCCCCGCCCGGCCUGAGGGAGGCGCCAUGGCGACCACUGUUAGCACUCAGCGGGGCCCGGUAUAUAUUGGUGAACUUCCUCAAGAUUUUCUUCGCAUCACACCAACUCAGCAACAGCAGCAGAUUCAACUGGAUGCUCAAGCAGCUCAGCAGUUACAGUACGGUGGAGCAAUGGGCACUGUUGGGAGACUGAGCAUCACUGUAGUUCAGGCAAAACUGGCAAAGAACUAUGGCAUGACACGCAUGGAUCCAUACUGUAGGAUACGACUUGGCUAUGCUGUCUAUGAAACUCCCACGGCUCACAAUGGAGCAAAAAAUCCCCGAUGGAACAAAGUCAUUCAAUGCACUGUUCCCCCUGGAGUGGAUUCUUUUUAUCUUGAAAUCUUUGAUGAGCGAGCUUUUUCAAUGGAUGAUCGCAUUGCUUGGACACACAUUACUAUUCCUGAAUCUCUAAAACAAGGAAAAGUAGAGGAUGAGUGGUAUAGCCUGAGUGGAAGGCAAGGAGAUGACAAAGAAGGAAUGAUUAACCUGGUCAUGUCCUAUACAUCCUUACCAGCUGCCAUGAUGAUGCAGCCCCAACCAGUGGUUUUGAUGCCCACAGUGUAUCAGCAAGGAGUUGGAUAUGUGCCUAUAACAGGGCUUGAAUACUUUGCUCUGGGAAUGCCUGCUGUUUGUAAUCCAGGCAUGGUACCUGUGGCAGUACCACCUCCUGCAGUCAACCCUCAGCAUGUGUGUAAUGAAGAGGAUCUAAAAUCUAUCCAGGACAUGUUCCCCAACAUGGACAGAGAAGUAAUCCGUUCAGUGCUAGAAGCCCAGAGAGGGAACAAGGAUGCAGCUAUCAAUUCCUUGCUUCAAAUUGCAGAGGAAUCCUAGAUCCUUCUGCACAGUCCCCAUCUUCAUUGUUACUGCUACUUUUGAUUUGCCAAGCCAGGGAUUUAGCUAGAGGAAGAAUUUCAUGAGAAAGCAUCCUGUCUGAGAGAUCAUGUUCUUCUUUGUUGUUGGACAUUUGCACACUUUGUUUUUGCAUAUGAUUUUGUGAAAACCUCAACCAUUUUUAUCAUUUCUGCUACGUAUGGUUACAUUUCUGUUUUGAGAGGUUGAGUUGGGGUAUUUGUGCUCCUGUUCACUCUCAUGUUCGUUCUCUCUCAAACAAACAAGCAAACACACAAGCAUAUUCACCCAGUUUGAACACUAUGCAGUAGGGAGCUUGAAGGGGCAGGGGAAUUUAGGUUGAAGGAUGAGAGCAGGUUGCUGUUUUGUAGAGUGCUUUCAUUAAAAAGUUCUCUCUGAAUAAAUGAUCCCUUUCUGUCAGACACAGAAAAGUGAUUACAAGGUGCCCUCCUUGUUUGUUCAGUGGUAUCUGAACACUGCAGCAAUUUGUAACUGUUCUUAGUGUUUCUUGUAACCUUCACAGUCUUUGUAGUAAGAGAUCCCCUUGCUCAGUCUAUUAAUCGGGCGCCAAUGCAAUAUAUUUGUUUGAUUUUGUAUAGUUAGGGCUUAACUGUGAUCAUCUGGUGUGCUGAAAUCUGGAGGUCCUUGUUUCUCUGGACACAGCAGCAAAUUUCUAGAACAGAAUUGUUUCCUAUAAUGUGCUUCUGUGUUUACGUGAACUGUUCUUGCCUCUACAUUUAAAAGGAUGAAAGCAGAAUUUUAUUCCUCGGAUAAUUUGACAUAAUUAUUUUAUAAACUUCCUUGAAAUCAGGGUCAUGAAACAUUCUUCAUUCAGAUGUGUGGAUGAAACAUGCUGUUUUUUUCUUUUUGAAGAGACAGUUUCUUUUCAAGGCAUAACUUCUCAGUAUACACUCAUAAUUCAGUGGGCAACAGGUGACCUUAAUUCCAUUAAAACUGAGGCAUAUGAAACAAUCUCAUUUGUGACAAUGGAAGAACUAACCAUAAAAAUACCAACCUCAGUAAAUAAAAAGAGGGGGAUUGUACAUACAGUAUACACUGUGUGGUGUUACACCUUAAACAUAUAGAACUUUGGGAUGACUAUCAGUAAGUAAUGCACUUUAAUAUGGACUUUUUUCUUAUGUAUGGUUUGGUGCUUUGAUGGUUUUAAAACAUUUUAAAAUGUGUUCUGUAAUUACCGGCCAUAAUUUGCAGUUGGUCAAGUGUUUGAAUAUAAUACAGACUCUUGCUCGAGAAUUGUAUUGCUUCGGAAGAAAAGAUCUCGUGUUUCAUAUCCUCCAUCUUUCUCCCCCUUUCUCUCUCUCUCUCUCUUUUUUUUUAACUCUUCUCCCUCAUAUAUAUAUAUAUAUAUUAAAGAAACACUCUUGUCCACUAAAAUUUUCUUUAUCAUAUCAUCAUGAAUACUCUUGGCAUGGCCAGCUAUAAUUCAGAUAUUUAUUUUUUUAAUGAUUAAAGUAUAGGUGGGAAAAUAAUUUUUAAAUACAGUACCAAAAAAUUUAUAUGUUUUUCUUUCUACUGUUUGAUGUUGACACUUAAUUGUUGUCCUCCCAUUUAGUUAGCAGACUUGGCAUUUGUCAGAGCUAAUCCCAUUCCCUCACCCUUUUGCUUCUUAAAUUUAUGGAUGCAAUCUUCUACAGUAUUUGUGGGGCGUGUGUAUGAUUUUUUAUUUUUUUUUGCAAUGUGCUCUAGAAGAAGGGUGUGUGCGUAUGUGUACAUGUGCACUGGAAAAUUAGCUUUGUCCUUUCUCCCUCAUACUUUAGAUAACUCCUAAGUGGAUGUUAUAAUAACCAUUUGUCAGUAGCAUCAUAGAACAGUUAACUCUUGUGGCAUUUUGUAAGCCAGCAAAAAACUUGGAAUAAUAAUUUAUCCUUUAAGGAAAAUCUGCCACUAUAUCAGUGGAAAACAUUGGGAAAGACUGCAUAAUUUAAGGAAACUAUUCAUAAUUUUCUAGAUAUUUAAGAUUGCUCUGAGUUAGCUAGUGAUUUUAAGGGUUGCUUGUUUAGGGAUGACCUCAGAUUGCAUAUCGGAUCCUUUUGGAGCUGAAUUGUAAAUGCAUUAAGACUGUACCUUUACAAUCAAGAUAGACAUGAAAGUGGAAAUGUUAGACUAAACUGAGUUUAUGGAAGGACCUAUGAUAUGAGACCUGUAGAAAAUCUGGGAAGCCUCUGUGAUCAUUAUAGUGCAUUCAUGUGAAAUAGCACAAGAGAAUCUCCAUGGAAUUUGGGCAGUAAAUAUAGUCAAAUUGUUGUUAACAUUUUCCUCUGUCAUAAUGAAUAAAAUGACAAAACACAAUCUCUUAUGAUAUUAACAUCCGGCACUCACAGAGUACUGUAUUUUCUUCUAUGUGGUCUCUGUGUAUGCACGCUCCUAGGGAUUUUGCACCUGUGCAGAAACACCCUCUGGAACUUACUAUAGAUUUACCUCAGAAUUUUGGCAGGAACCCCACCCCAACUGCCCUCUAAGGAGCAUAUUCCACCAUCUCACUUACAGUUUUUUGUCAACUGCCACAGACUUCAUGUCUCUGGAGCUUACUUGGCUGUGCAGUUGGCUUGACCUGUGGGGGGGGAAAGGAAAAUUAUUUUCUCUCCAUUUACCUCCUUUUUUAUUUUUAGGAAGAGAAACCUCCUCUUUCUCUUCUAGUACCUUGCCCUUCAUGGUUUAGCAUUUUUAAAAUUUCUUUGCCCCCUCCCCCCACUUAUAUAAACAAAACAAAGAGAAAAACAAGGAAAAGGCAGGAAUUGCCUCCCCUAUCAUCAUAUUAAGAUAAUAAGGAACAGAAGAGGAUGGGGAGAAUAGUCUGUUCCUAUUUUUCAACACCAUUUCAACAACCCUACGGGAGUCAGACUCUGCAACUGUGUUUUGUCUGCUGCCUCCAGCAUCAUGCCUCUUCUUUCACUUUCCGGCAUAUGGAUCAAGGUCAACUUUAAAGUAUAUUCUCUGUGCAGCAACAUUGUCUUCUACUGACAGACAUACAAAGUGCCUGCUCCUUGUGGGCAAAGCCCACAGCACUGCAUUGUUUAUCAAAGUUUUUCCUGCCAAUCUCACUGUAACAGAACUUUGUGGCUUCAAGUCCUCCUCUGGGAGCAUGCCCUUUCAGCCACUGAUACUUUGGCUGCUAACCAGGUGCAUUCCCUUCGGCUGCUGAGCCAAAGCCCUCAAGAAGCCAGCAUGCAGACGAUUCCCAGGGCAACACAAAGAAAAAGUGCAGCUGCAACUGAAACUGCAGGGACUAGUAGUGUGAUGCCCCACAGUGCCUGUUCUCAUACCUAAGCCUGCCAGACCUGAUCACACCCCUGUGCCUUCAGAUCCAGAGCAUGGACCCAACAGAGGCUGGGAGGAUAGGAUGGAAGCACCUCUGUGCUCUCCACACCAUUUCUGUGAUUACUCUCUGGAUCCUUGGGAACACAGCAGCAACACCUAUCCACCACAAUACUGAGAUGCGCGCCACUUCUAUUAUGAGGAUGCCUCUGCUUCCCCUUACCACUCAUGACAUUACUCUGCUCUGUAUUGCUCUUAUACAGAUUGCUGCAAUCCCCUACAUAACAGACAUGCUUAUUAUUCGUCUGCAUGCAGGUACAGAUCUUGAUCCCACUCUCCCCCGCUUGCCACUGCAAGGAUAUGAAUGCUGCAAUUCUUUCUGGCGCUCUAGCAUUCUGGCUAGCUCUGACCAACUGACUACCAUUAGGUGCUCCAAAUCUGUUCCCGCACCUAAUCUUCCACCUUCAUGGGAGCAAGCCCCCAUCAUUGCAGCAGCUGACAGCAUGCCACAAGAGGGCCACACCUCUUUGACUCCGCCUCCUCUGCCAGAGUUUUGCCUUUCAAAACUCAUCAUCAGAGUCAGAUAAAGAGUCACAUUCUUCCAACACCACACAAUUGAAUUUCAGUCCACCAGAGCCUCUCCUCCCAAUGAAUGGGUGACUAACCUGAAAUCUGAUAAACCUAUGGAGGAUUUCAGGUUCUGCUCAGAACAAUUCCUGAGAAUGGUUGGUGCCCUUGGUUUAGAAGUGCAACAACCAUCCUCAGUCAUUAAGGAUCCUGUAUUUGGUCUGAUUUAGGCUGAUGCCAACACUCCUAUUUCAUUACCUAUGUUGCCCACCCUCCUAGAGAAUUGCCAAGAAUGCCUGGGACAAGCCUACCCCAAUGCCUGCUACAGUGAAACAGCUUGGACAGAUUUGUAAGGUCUAACCUAAAGACUCAACCUUCUCGGUUAAGCACCCCAUUCUGUUGUCAUGGAAUCUGCCCAGUCAAGGUCCAGUGUUUACUGAUCACUCCUGUUGACAAUCAAGGGCAUAAACUUGAUACCUUGGGAAGACACAUCUAUUCCUUUGCCAGCCUUCAACAGAGCAUUGCCAACCAUCAGGCCUGUAUAGCAACAUAUGUGCAUUUCCUGCUGGAGAAACCUUCUCCCUUCUUUGAUCAACUCCAAGAAGAUCAGAAAAAAGCUGCAAUGGUGUUCCUUAAUGAGGGUCUGAAAGUCUCCAAACAACAACUCCACUUUGCUCGCCACAUGAUGGACUGUGGUUCCAGAGCCAGAGCCAGAGCCAGUGCUAUAUAUCUACGUCACCACACAUGGUUUAGAUCUACAUCAUUGACACAUGAGGCAUGAUCUCAUAUUGAAGACCUCCAAUAAGGAAGCCCUUUUUGGCCAAAAAACAGAUUACACCUUCAAAAGGGUCCAGAAAUUGCAUUUGACAAUUGAAAGGUUAGGUUACACAUUAGAAUUCAUAACUUACCCACUGUUCUCUGGAGUAGAUGCAACAAUGCCUUCUCCAUCCCACCUAGAAGAAAUCCAGUCUGUCUUAAAGAGGGGAUCUCUUCAGAGCUCUGGGCCUACAAAUAGAUUUAGCAAAAUCUAAAUAAUCCCUUCUCAGAUAGAAUUCAUUGAUACUCUUUUGGUGUCCAAAGUGGCUAUGGCCUCAUGUCUACCACUGCUUUUCUUCCUGUAGCCUGUCUAAAGAUGAGGACCCUACAGCGAUGGUUUCUUGACAUGUUCACACCUCAGCUCCACCUGCAGUCUCACCCUUUAUCUGUGCCACCUCACAUUCAGAGGUCAAUACAUUGGUGGACCCAUACCAAUAACUUAACAUAGGGUAGGCCAUUCCACUUGCAACUUCCUCCGGUUACCUUCAUUACCGACACACACAUGCAGAGCUGGGGUGCCCACCUCAACAAACUGACUGUAGCCAGGUCACGGUUACACGUACAGGACAGACAUCACAUACAUUUCCUUGAGCUUCUUGACAUUUUCAAGAUGUUGGAAACCUUUUGUGAGCACCUCAUAGGGAAAUCUGUCAUGAUCUUGACAAACAAUACAACAGCUCUCCCUGUGAACAGACAGAGUGGCACAGGGUCUUGCUCCCUCCUACCUAGCCUUCAGAUUUGGGAUUGGUACGUAACAAAUUGUAUUGGGAUCAUGGCCACUCACAUUCAAGGUUCCAAGAAUAUUGUAGCUGAUGCUCUCGGCCGUCAACGACUUUCAUCUCACAAACUGCACCUCCAUCCCGGAACCCUCUCCCAGGGUUUAUGUCACUGGGGAAGCCCAUCAGUUGACCUUUUUGCAGCGAGCGCCAACAUCACUGCUGCCUGUUUUGCAGCAGGGCUGACCACAACCACAAGUCUAUUGGUAAUGCCUUCCUUUAGUUCUGAGGCAAGGGCCUUUUAUAAAUAUCCCCCCCCUUCCCCUAAUCCCCAGGGUCCUCCAGAAAGUCACCAGGGACAGUGCAAACUGUAUUAUAGUCACUCCUUGGUGGCCUAGGCAACCAUGGUUCCCUACCCUGCUCUCCCUGUCAAACCACAUCUUUUCCCCAGCAUCCUUACCUGUUGAUCAUGGACAAUGACACCUGCCUCAAUCUGUACAUCACAUCCCUUUGAUUAACUGCCUAGAGUAUACAGAUGCACCAUCAGUAAACAAGGAACUUCUACAGGCUGCCAAGAAGCCUUCCGUUCAGAAAUCUUAUAAAGCUAAGUAAAAACCUUUUCUGUUUAUACUCGGGAGAAAGUCUCCCCUUCUGGUGUUUCAUUUGACUUUAUUCUUUCGUACCUUCUAUCCCUGAAAAAGAAUGGUUUAUCCUUGGCAUCUUUGAGUCAAUUUCUGCCUCUCAAGCUACUUGGUCUCUGUUUUCUUCUAGAACUGUUAAAACAUUUUUAUGCACUUGUGCACCUCUACCCUCCAGUUCCUAAGCUACCUUCUGCUUGGGAUCCACAGUUAGUGCUUAUACAACUAACUAGAAAAUUGUUUGAGCCCUUGGACACCUGCAGCCUCUAACUGCUGACUUGAAAAACAGUGUUCUUGGUGGCGAUCACAUCUGCCAGAAGGGCAAACAAAUUCAGGGCUGUGACCCACCCUUUUCACUUCUCAUAAGGAUGGAGUUGUGUUACAUCCAGACUUCUCAUUUUUACCCAAGGUGAUCUCUGAUUUUCAUUUGUCUCAAGACAUUAGCUCAGGUCUCUUUCUAGCUUUGGAUCUUGGCUCCUCUAAUCCAUCUUUGCAUGAAGCUGCUCGCGCCAUCCAGCUUAUGUAGCUUGCUAUGAUCCCUACAGUGUGCUAUACACAGAGACAACAUAGAAGAAAGUCAGGUAUCUUACCUGUAACUGUAGUUCUUCUAGUGGUCAUCUGUGUAUGCACAUGACCCACCUUUCCUCCCCACUGUAGCCACUUUGCAAUCCUUCUUGUGCUCUGUGGUCACUCAGACUGAAGUUAGAAGGGUGGAAUAUACUCCUUAGAGGACAGUUGGGGUGGGGUUCUCACCAAAAUUCUGAGGUAAAGCUAUAGUAAGUUCCAGAGGGUGUUUCUGCACAGGUGUAAAAUCCCUGGAGUGUGCAUACAUAGAUGGCCACUACAAGGACUACACUUACAGGUAAGAAACCUGCCUUGCUUUGUCAUAAAAAGUAAAAGGGAUAGUCAUAAGCAUGACCAUAUUUAUGUGCAUAUCUCUUCUUGAUUGCUGCCUAGAUGUUUCCUUUCUAAACCAUACAAACAAGCGUAUACUGUUCCUACAGACAGCCCUCUUCGUUGAUGCAUAGUUUGCCCCAUGUUCACUAAACUUGGGGUGAGGGGAAUGCGAGCAUUCUGACAUGUUCCGUUCUCGGUAUAUUCAUCACUUGUCUGCAGUGGAGCGCUGAAUGCAGAAAGAAUCCCCCCCCCCCCAGGAUUCUAAAUUGUGUUCCCAUGUCUAGUGUUUGCUUCUGCAGGCAAGCACUAAAUACACAGAAGUCAAGGGUAUGACCAGGAAGCAUACCAGUGCAUACCAGUGAAUAGCAAGCAAAGAGGGUUCGACUUGAAAAGAAUUCCCAUGGGUUUCAGUACAAUUCAUCUUUAAAUACGUUUGCAUAAGAUUGGGCUGCAAUUUGAGGUGCAGAAAAGGGAUGUACAUGAAUUGUGGUUAGAGCACCAGUUUGGCGCUGCAGGGAGGGGAGCAGGAGCUUUAAGAAAGAGGAGAGCAGGUACCAGCUCUCUGCUGCCCCAUGAAGCUUCCUCCGCCGGAGUGUCCCUGCCCCGCCCCAGCAGGAAGCUGCAUGGGGUAGCAAAGAGCCAGUAAGGGCCUGCUCUCCUCUUUCUUAAGGCUCCUGCUCCCCUCCCCGCAGUGCCAAACCAGUACUCGAACCGUGGUUUGUGCACACCCCUAGUGCAGAACUGAAACCUAUCACUCACCUGUCAUUUAAAUUAAAUGCUGUGUUACGCACAACUGAGUACCAGUUUUACAUGCUCCAUGUAACAGAACGGCAUAUUCAGCUUUGUACAUCUCUUAAACAUCCCUUCGCAGCCUAGAAGCUGCUUUAAAACUCUGAUAUCUGCUGAAGGUUGAACUGCUGUUGGCACUAGCUUCAAACCUGCUAAGAGACCUGUGUGUGGUUAAAUCCAGGAAUAUUUUUGUCUAGCUAGAUGCUUGCCACCUUCUGUACUGCUGUUUGAGUUCACGCUGAUGGUACCAAGUGCGUCUCUUUGCAGAUAUUAUUGCUUGUGUUAGCUGACCUGUAAUACUGUAUAGAGGAUGUUUUGCUGUAAUAAUUCUGAAGACAUUUUUAAAUUGUAUUGAGGUCCAGAUAUUUGUCUCUUGCAUUGUGAAAUCUUUUUCCAUUCUAUCUAAUUUAAUAAAUGUACACUGUCUACCAAAAAAA